AUGCUCACUCUUUUCUGGCUAGAACCAUGGAGGGUGUUCGAGAGAAGAAAAAAGAGGGUUCCUGCUGUAACAGAAACUAAGAAAAAGGCUCUUGCUGUGGCGGAAGCCACCAAGAUAAAGGUUCCUGCUGUGCCAAAAACCCUUAGGAAAAAGCAAAGGAAUUUUGCAGAGCUGAAGAUCAAGCGCCUGAGAAAGAAGUUUGCUCAAAAGAUGCUUCGAAAGGCAAGGAGGAAGCUUAUCUAUGAAAAAGCUAAGCACUAUCAUAAGGAAUACAGACAGAUGUACAGAACUGAGAUUCACAUGGCCAGGAUGGCAGGAAAAACUGGCAACAUCUAUGUACCUGCAAAACCCAAAUUGGCGUUUGUCAACAGGAUCAGAGGUAUCAAUGGAGUGAGCUCAAAGGUUCGAAAGGUGUUGCCACUUCUUCGCCUUCACCAGAUCUUCAAUGGCAUCUUUGUUAAGCUCAACGCCUCAAUUUACAUGCUGAGAAUCGUGGAACCAUAUAUUGCAUGGGGGUUUCCGAAUCUGAAGUCAGUAAAUGAACUGAUCUACAAAUGUGGUUAUGGCAAAAUCAGUAAGAAGCGAAUUGCUUUGACAGAUAACUCUUUGAUUGCUCAAUCUCUUGGUAAAUUUGGCAUCAUCUGCAUGGAGAAUCUGAUUCAUGAAAUCUAUACUGUUGGAAAAUGCUUCAAAGAAGCAAAUAACUUCUUGUGGCCCUUCACAUUAUCUUCUCCACGGGGUGGAAUGAAGAAAAAGACCACCCAUUUUGUAGAAGGUGGAGAUGCUGGCAACAGGGAAGACCAGAUCAACAGACCUAUUAGAAGGAUGAACUAA